AUUAUUGACAAGUUAAUGACAGAAGCCGCAGGUGUUCAAUUUCAAUGGUGGUUCAAUGUUUUUUAUAUGUUAAAAAUUUCUAACACUCAUAGGAAAAUGGUUAUUUCCUGAGUUAUUCGUUCCUGUGUACGGCAAAAAUGUUUAUAGAGGACCUCAGAAAUGACUUUUACAAUCUCCUUUUAGGCAAUCGCGUGUUAUUAUUAGUGCAUUAUGAUGUAGAUGCAAUAUGUACAUGUAAAAUACUUCAAGGAUUAUUCAAGAGUGAUAAUAUAUCAUAUACGCUAGUGCCGGUGGGGGGUAUUUCUGAAUUGAAGACUGCUUACGAAGAAAACAAUGAAGAAGUCAAGUACGUAGUGUUGGUGAACUGCGGAGGUACUAUAGACCUGGUCGAUAUCUUACAGCCCGAGGAGGAUGUGGUAUUUUUUGUGCUGGACUCCCAUAAACCGACUGAUGUCUGCAAUGUUUAUAGCGAUGGACAGGUGAGACUGGUGUACCGUGAUGAAGAAGAGAACAUUCCUAAUUUUGAUGAUAUAUUCAGAGAUGAUGAUGAUGAGAACGAAGAAGAAAUGCCAAGUGGUCGAGAAGACCUAGAAGCUUUUGUCGAGAGACGGCGUCAACGUAGAGAAUGGGAAACAAAACGAAACGAUCUUAUGUUUAACUACACUCAAUUCUCAUAUUAUGGUAAACCGAGUGCUUGCAUAGCAGUAGAGCUGGCCUGGCUGCUAUGUCGCAGCGGAGUGGAGUACACGUGGGCCGGAUGCAUAGCUGUCAGUGCGUAUGCUGCCACUCACACACGCUCCCCUGCACAAGCUCUGCUUGAUGCACAUGCGCUGCAUCGACAUCUCGCCGCGCAACUACCUUCACAUGGUGCUUCAGUAAGCAUGGAAAAGGAUGCGUUCCUGCCACUCUACCGGACCUGGUCUUUGGAGAAUGCGUUGAAGUAUUCUCCAGUUGUGGCUCCUCAUCUUCGUCUUCAUUCACUGGCUGGUGCUGACAGAUUGAGGCAGCUAUUGGCAGAUAUGGGGAUCCCGCUGCAGCAGGCCCGCCAGGCCUACCGCUCCAUGGACGUGGAGCUGCGGCGCUCGCUGCUGGACGCGCUGGACGCCGCCGCCGACAAGCACCACCUGCCGCGCCUCACGCACGCCACCUACCUCCUGCGCCGCGACCACUGCGCGCCGCUCGCCGCACUCGACUGCGUCUACUGCGUCAUGGCGCUGCUCGAGCUCGAAGGCCCCGGCGGGUUCCAGCUGGCGCUGGCGUCGGUGGACACGUCGAGCGCGGAGUGCGAGGCCCGGCAGCGCGGGCUGGGCGCGGCGCGGCGCGGGCUGGCGGCGGCGGCGGCGCUGGCGGGCGCCACGCUGGCGGCGCGCGCGCUGCACCACGCCGGGCCCUUCGCGCACUUCACCAUCAGCGAGGGCGCGGCGGAGUGCGAGUGGGGUCCGUGGUGGCUGGCGGUGUGCGCGCGGUGGGUGGGCGCGGGCGCGGGGCGGGGGGCGGCCGCCGUGCUGGUGGCGGCGCCCCGGGGCCGCACCGUGCUGCUGUGCGGGGUGCCGCCGCCGCAGCGGACUGACACCAGGAAUCUGUUCGGGGCGGCGUUCGAGCAGGCGGCGGCCAAGUGCGGCGCCUCCGUGUCGCUCGACCACUUCGACUCCGCCGUGGUGACGCUGCCCGCCGCGCAGCGCCCGCAGUUCCUGGACGCGCUCACCGCGCUGCUGGCCUGACCGAGCCCACCCUUGUUUAGUAAUAACACUCAAACUCUUCUACUGCUGGGUGGACGACCUCACACCUGGUGUUAAGUGGUUACUGGAGCCCAUAGACAUCUACAACGUAAAUGCGCCACCCACCUUGAGAUAAAGUUCUAAUGUCUCAGUAUAGUUACAACGGCUGCCCCGCCCUUCAGACCGAAACGCAUUUCUGCUUCUCGGCAGAAAUAGGCGGGGCGGUGGUACCUACCCGUGCGGACUCAUAAGAGGUCCUACCGCCAAUUAAUACUACUUUGACGGUUUUAAAUGGCCUUUCUUAUUGUCGUAUUGGUUGCUUCGUCUAGAAUCUACUGUCUUUAUUUUCUCGAACAACCGAAGUGCUCCUGGGCAGCAGCACACAUGCGUGUGCACAACAUGCAUAGAUAAUAAUACGCUUAAUAUUUAAGAACAACAUGUAAACGAACACUAUAAAGGAUUCGUAAUGUCGGUAAUAAUACAAGAUAAAUUUACAGUAACAAUAAUACAAAUACAUACAAAAAAAAUACAAUAACAAAAAAAAAGACGAAUUAAAAUUUAAUACUUAAUGAAGUCUACAAAAACUGAAGGCAGGACAGUGAUUGAGAAAUUAAAAACAGACAAUUAAUUCUAAAUACUUAUUUAAUGUAAUUUUUUUUUCAUUGAAUAUUGUCACUUAUAAUGCACUCACAUGUACACCUCGCCCAUCAGUAAAAUUAGUAAUUUAAUAAUUAUGCUAAAAAUAUUGACUUAAUUAGAAUAUUUAUUUGUAGUUUAGCUCGAUGAAAUAAAGCGUUUUUAAACAUUUUA